AUGGCAACCCAAAAAGCUGAAGAAAAUAAAUAAUAUGAUUAUGAUUAAUAUGGUUUUUAUUUACCAAUUGAGCGUAUUUAAAUAGAAAAUAAGCAAAAAGAAUUAAAGAAAAUAAAUGCUCGAGUAGAAAAAUGGCGUAAAAUGCUUCCGAACUUAACCCAUUUAAUAAAAAUUUAAGACAAAAAAUUAAAAGAGAGAAUCCGUAAAGGAAUUCCAGAUGGUAUUCGUUUAAAGGUAUGGCCCGUAUUAGCUCAAAUAGAUUAAACUAAAGAAGCAUACAGUACUAAGUAAUUCCAAUAAUUAAUUCAAGAAUAAGAUUUUCCCUACUAAGUGGACAUAGCCGCAGAUUUAAAGCGUACAUUUCCUAAUAAUUAAUUAUUUUAAAACCAUAAUAAAACUGGUUUAGAAGCUUUGAAUAAUAUUUUAAAAGCCGUUUCUUUAACACACGCUGAUAUGGGUUAUUGCUAAGGUUUAAAUUUUAUUGCUGCUGCAUUUAUGAUUUAUGUAAAUGAUGAGGAAUCUUAUCAUAUAAUAAAUAGCAUGCUUAUAAAUUAUGAUUGUAUGAAAAUGUUCUUGGAUGUAGGAAGUAUUAGGAAAUAACUAUUUGUACAUGAUUAAUUAGUGAAGAAGUUUUUACCUGAAGUAGCUGAGGUUUUAUAGAAGAAUUGCGUAGAGAGCAUUUUUUUUGCUACUGGAUGGUAUAUGACUUUAUUUAGUAGUGUAUUACCUUUUUAGUAUUUUUUAAGGGUUAUGGAUAUUUUCUUUAAUGAAAAAUGGAAAAUCGUAUAUAGAGUUGCUCUUGCGAUUUUAAAGUUGAAAAAAAAAGAAAUUCUUUAGUGUAAAAGUAUGGAAAGUUUCGCCGGAAAAAUCAAAUUAAAACUCUCCUUUGAAAAACUCAUAGGAACAAAUAAAUGA